AUGAAAAGCAUCACCUUCCUGGCCGGCAUCCUGCUGGUCUCCGUCGGCCCCUCCCUCAUCAACGCUGAUACCAUUCGGGGUCCGCGUCCGACAACCACAGCCGUGGCCGAGGACUCCUCCCUCUCGAAUCUCCCCCCUAUGUUAAUCCUCGAGAUCAUCAACAUGGAGAAGAAGAGGAAGGGAAAGGGGAACAAGACCACGACCGCAGUAGUAAGCGAGAAGACCAACCCGGCAAAACGCCCCCCUUCUCUACCAAUCAUCAUCGAGACACACCACGAGAUCAUCAAGCCAAAGGCACCCAAGACCGCUGCUCUCAAGAGAGAUGCUCCUCAGCCUACUGCCCCCCUUCAGGCGCGCGAGCAGCGAAGCGGUGAGGCGGAUGAAAAUGUCGAGUCCUCCUCCCUCUGCACGCAUAAUAAGUGCCCCAAGGAGAUGGAGGUCACCCGCACCCUCGAGCCUAGACAGCAACAGGAGACGGACGACGCCGAGCCCUCCGCUGACGAGGAUGACGCCGACUCCUACAGAGACUGUCCCAAGAGGCGCUCGCGCAAGGCCAAAAUCGCGAGUAUGGAGGCUACCAAGACCCUCGAGCCCAGACAGCUGGUCGUAGAGACUGCCGCCGCCGAGCCCUCUACCGGCGAAGACGUCGAUUCCUACCUCUGUACACACGAAGACUGCCCUCAUAAGUUUGCGCGUCUGGUGAAGCCGCGGGCCGCGAAGACCCUCGAGCCCAGGCAGCCGGCUGUGGAGACUGACUCUGCCGAGCCCUCCGCGGACAAGUACGCCGAUUCUUCCCUCUGCACGCACGGAGAAUGUCCUCAUGAGCUUGGACGCCUGGUCAAGCCGUGGGCCAGCAAGACUCUUGAGCCCAGGCAGCUGUACGUGCCGACUAGCACUGCCGAGCCUUCUGCGGACGAAGAGGAGGAGACGGAGGAGAAGGAUGAUGAGUACUACGCCAUGCCGCCCCCUCGCACCCGUCGCUUGAGGUGCAAGGGCAGACACAGCAGAACCGCUUCCAGCACGGCGACUCCUACUUCUUCCACCACUUCAUCGACCACCUCGUCAGCCACCUCGUCCAGCACCGGCACCGUUACUGUCACCGUGACGCCGACUGCCACCACCAGCUCGAGCUCCUCUUCUUCCACCAGCACUUCCUCCUCCUCCUCAUCCUCCUCCACUUCCACCAACGCACCCGAUGGCGCUGUUACGCGCACCACCACGAUCACCGUGACCGCGGACCCGACCUACACCCCGACUUACAUCCUGAAGCCGUACCCGACGACCUUCCGCAAGGUCAGGGCUUAA